AUGGACACAGAAGAAGAAUGCUUUUCUGGAGAUGAAAUUGAUCAAUUUAAUUGUCCUAAACAUUAAUUAAUUUAUACAAGUAAACUAUAACCUUUUAUUAAUUCAUUAGAUUACUGUACAACUACAUAAUAAUUAUUAUGCUAAGAAUGUAUGAUCAAAUGUAGCUUAAAAGUUCAAAAUAUUAUUUCAAUUGAAAAAGUAAAACACAUACUAGAAUUUAGGCUCUGAAUAACAUAAGUUAAUAAAAUAAAUAACAAUUACAGAAAGUUUAAAAAAUCAUUAAAAACUACAAUAAUCUUGAUGAUUAAAUUUAAAAAGAAAAUAAUCAGAUUAAUAAAAUGUCAUAAGUUCAAAUUUAAUCAUUAAAUUCCAUUUGCACUUAAAUAAUAGAAAGUGUAUAAUUGAAAUUUUAAGAACUAAUUGAAUAAGUUGAAGUACAUAAAAUGAAACACUUACAAUCUUUAUAAGAUUCAAAAGUACAACUAAUUAUAAAUAUAAAAGUGUAUAAUAGAUGAAUAUAAGGCAAGAGGAAUUUAAUUAGAAAAGAAUAUUGUUAAUUAAUAAAAUACAUCUGGAUAUGAGUAAUUAAAAAAGUUUAGAGAAUAUUAUACAAUAAAUUGUAAGACAAUUAAAGAACUUGAAAAUGAAUACGAUAAUUUAUCACAAGCACCUAAAAUUUAAUAUUAGUAAUUAUAAAUUAGAAAUACAACUGAUAUAGUUAAAUAGAUUUCAAAUAUGAUGAAUAUAUUAGAAAGAGAUUCAGAUUCUAGAAUAAAAAGAAUAUCAUCCAAAUUAUUUUAAUAACCAAAUACUUCAAGAGCAAGUCCAUUUUCUAAAAAAGGCUUUACUUAACAUAGUUCACCUCAUUUUAGUUUACAAUCAUCAAAAUAAUAAAUGAGAAAGACAGAAGUAAAGUAAAUCACUUUAGAUAUACCAACAGAUUUAAGUUCAAUUUUAGAUAAAGCAUCUCCUGAAUAAUCAAUUAUUAAUGAUUUUUUUAGUAAUAAAUAAUCAUUAAGUGAACAUUCAAUUUCAAAAUUGGAAAUACCAAUUUAAAAUUAAACAUAAUUUUAUAUUAUUGGUGGAUUAUUGAAAGGUUAAAGAUAAAAUCUAAUUGAAAUUGUUGAUAUAUAAUUAAGACAAUCUAGUUAGCAUGAUUUUUUAGUUUCAAAUCGUUAUGGAUUUUAAAUUGCAUAUCAUGGAAAUUAAAUUUUAUUGAUUGGAGGAAAACAAGAAGGCAUAAGAACUGCCUUAUGUGAAUCAUAUGAUCCAAAUUUAAAAUAAUCUAAAAUAUCUUAAUUAAUACUUACAAAAGGAGUCAGUGGAUUGGCAUCAAAAUAAAUAGGAAAUAAAUUAUAUAUUUCAGGAGGUAAAACAGAUUAAGGAGUUUAAGAUAUAUUUUAACUUAUAAAUUUGGAUACCUAUUAAACAAAAAAUCUAUUAUCAGUUCCUAUUAAAUGUUAUAAUCAUACAUUAGUUUAAGGUAAUGAACCUAAUUCUAUGUAUAUAUUUGAUGAAUAAGGAUGUUUCAAAUAUGAUAUGACAAAUAAUCUAUGGAAAAAAAUCAAAUCUCCAAAUUAUCCAAGAAGAAGUCAUGUAUCUUUAACUCUUCCAGAUGGAAUAUGGAUUUUCGGAGGAAGAUCUGGUAAAAAGUAUAUUAAAUAAAUUGAAAAAUAUGAUGAAACAGAUUAAUAAUUUUAUUAAAUGGGAGAAUUAUUAUGUCCUGUUGUUAAAUUUGAUGCAAUAGUAAGUGAUGAUUAUUAAUUUGUAUAUUUAGUUGGAGGAAAAACUUAAGAAAAUAUUCCUAGUUCAAACAUUUGGAGGUAUUUUUUUUAUUUUAUUUAAAUAUCAAUAGAUAUUCCAUUCUGAAUAAUUAAUGUAUCCUUUAUAGUUAAUUUGCAAAACCCAGAUAUUCUCAUAAGUUGAUACCUAAAAAAGUUUGAUUUUAAUUAAUAAAUUUAUAUUAUCAACUGUUAUUAUUCUAAUUCAAAAAUAAUCC